CGGAACGGAGGGGGGGAGAGACGACAGGAAAUCUUGACUGGGAUGUAAUGGAGUAGGACCACUGGAAAGCUCGGGCGAGAGGGGGGGAGACAUAUUCCUAUUUUAUAAUGUUGCCGUGAUAAUGUUGUGAUUUGAUAAGCAUGCGGUGUAAAUUCGUCGUGCGAGAGAAGCGAAAAUGAAGCUAACCUUCCCAGGUGUGAAUGACUUGUGGCUGUAGGUUGUCGUGAGUGGGCCAGGUUCCUGCACAGCCUCCGUGGCUGACUGGGAGGAGUCGGAGAGCAGACAUCAGUGCCCAGGGGACCUUAGGCCUGGUUCUCCAUAUGAGGCCCUGCUGAAAGGGCAGGGGGGCUUCUGAGUGUGCCCACGGGCCAUUGAAAGCCCCCUUGGGGGAAUUUCAUAUACACACACCAAGCAAGAAAAGCCCUCUGGACAUUAGUUUUACACACGUUCACACCCGUGCGCGUGCGCACACACACACACACACACACACACACACACACACACACACACACACACACACACACACACACACACACACACACAAAACCACGCACGCACGCACACACAGACACUCACAGACUAGGACAUAGAGAGAAUGUUGGAGGUCCAAGAGGAGAGGCCAGCGGCGGCAGGUACAGCAGCGACACACUUCAGCAAGAAGGAGCGAGGGAAGAAAGAGCGAGACGAGACCAAGGACGGCCGGGGAAACCUGUCCAAUAUCGUGAAUCCUGUCCCCGGCUCCCGGAACGUGCGAGCAAAAGCGCCGCUCACACACACAGGCAGUCCACACCAGCUCAUCACUCCACCCUGUUCUGUAGUCCUGGGAGCUCCAUCAAUGCACUCCAAUAGGUUAAAGAACUCCCCGUCCACCAACACACAAAGCCCUAAACCUAAGACGGAGGCCAUGGUACGAUCACCUCCUGUCAUGUCCCCGUCUACUGCCGCCCAAAUGGACUCUAAAAUGCCCAAUCAGGGUAAACCAGGGAGCACAGGCAGCCAAUCACAGCCCUCACCUUGUGAUCCUAAGACCAUGGGUACCAAAGGGGCUCAGAACGUCACGGGGGGAAUGGGGCUGAAGAACGGCCAGGGCUUGACCUCUGGCCCGAGCUCCAAGGUGAAAGUCAAAAGGGAGCGAAGCACCUCAGUAGAAUCCUUUGACCAGCCAGAGAGUGGCACGGCCACCAGCGAGGAGAAAGAUAGUAGCAGGGUGAAGAGGAUGUGUGUGGCAGAGAGGAGGCAGCCGUACAGCGGAGCCGACUGGUGCUCUGGGGGAGAAAGUGAUGAAGAUGACAAAGGAUUCUUCAACUGCAACUCAAGUGAAGUGAAGCCCCAGGACUCUGUCACACAUUCUACCUCCAACGCCGGACUCAGUCGCUCCUCCACACCUUCCCACAAUACACUGGGAGGCCAAGGCUCCACAACAGAACCUCCGAGUGGACAGAAACCGGGCUCAAAACUCGUUUAUGUCUUCACCACAGAGAUGGCAAACAAGGCAGCUGAUGCAGUUCUCACUGGCCAUACAGAAAAUAUCAUUGCCUUCCACAUGAAAAACAUCUCCAACAGCAAGGACAAAGCUCACCUCCUUUUGAACAAUGCAGCAAACGUCCUUCGAAAUGACUCCAAACCUCCCCAGCAGCCCCCGUCCCACGCCCAAGAUCAAAGCCACCAGCCUGGAUCCAAGCCGUCCUUAACUGGCAUGACAGAGGCAGCCCCUCCACAGCCUUCAAGUCAAGGCAGCCAAACUAGUGUUCUUCCACAAGAAGGAUCAACCUCUGCCGGCAUGGAAUCCAAGAAUAUUCCCGGCAGCAGCCCGAGUAACACAACAGCCCCAGUUGACCAGGCCCCUGUCACCCAACCUGAGGCGGGCCUCAACCCUCCAACAUCAGUUGAAGGAGGGCAGGGUGGAGGCUCUGGUGGAGCAGGUCUGACUCCCCAGCAGCAGCAGCAGCAGCAGCAGCUGGCCCAGGAGUUGUUAAACAUGGAGGCUAACACUGAGGGUCUGUCCCAAGAACAGCUGGAACAUCGGCAGCGCUCCCUGCAGACCCUGCGGGAUAUUCAGCGCAUGCUCUUCCCCGAUGACCGUGACGCCCCGCCACCCGGGCCCCCGCCCCAUGGUGGACCGCACGAUGGAGGCCCUGAUGCUGCAGCCCGGAGGGCUGAACAAGGGCCUCUACAGGCAAUGAUAGCACAGUCUCAGAGCCUGGGACCACCCGGUGGACCAGGGGGACCCCGUCCACAAGGCCCCCCGUUCGGCCCGCCCCAUGGUCCCCGGGAUAUGCCUCCAUUUCCACAAGAUGAGAUGGGUCCCCACAUGGGAGGCCCGGGUGGCUGUGGAGACGGAGACCAGAUGACCCCGGAGCAGGUCGCUUGGUUGAAGCUACAGCAGGAGUUUUAUGAAGAGAAAAGGAAAAAGCAAGAAAUGCAACACCGGCCGCUUCCGCCAGAUAUGAUGAUGCACCCCCAUGGCCCACGUGGCAUGAUGCGGCCCCCACCUCCGUACCAGAUGGGCCCAGGAGAGAUGUGGGGAGGACGUGGUCCGCCAGAACACUACCAGGAGCGUAUGGGCAUGGGGCCUGGCCGAGGGAUGCCCCCCCACAUGCAGAGGAUGCCUGCCUUCUCUGGGAUGAUGAACCCUGAAAUGGAGGGUCCCCCCAGACCCGGGAUGGGCUGGCCCGAUGACAUGCCACCCCGUAUGGGAGAAGCACGGGGCUUCCCUGGAGGACCUGGGGGAAUGUUUCCUGGUCCGGGAGCUCGCGGUGAACGUUUUCCAAAUCCCCAGUCAGUCCAAGAAGCAAUGUUUCACCAAGGAAUGGGUGGCGAGAAGGGCCUCCCUCCUGGAAUGAUGAUGGACAUGCAAAGGAUGAUGGGACACCAAAGAGGUGGAAUGGAACCUGGUAACGGCAUGGGUAUGUUUCCCAGAAUGCCCGGUGAUGGUCCUAUGAGUCCGUCCUCGAGGCUUCAAGGAAUGGGAGGCAGAGAAAUGGGGCCGGAGUUCGGCAUGGGCCCCGGUCCUGGACGACCUCAUAUACACCCCUCAAAACUACGAGAACCCCCCAUGAAUUUGAGUCCUGAUGAGAUGAGAAUGAGAGGAGGAGGACCUCCAAUGGAGAACAUGGGUCCUCAGGGCCGCCCCAUGCAGGGCCCUCCCUUCCCCGAGCAGGCACAGUCAGGAGACUUUCCCAUGGGGCCCGGGCGACCCUUCCCUGGAGGACCUGCAGGGAUAGGUCCACAUGCUGACCCUGCCUUUGGUCCAGAGCACAGAGCCACACCCACAGGAGGUAGCCGCAUCAACCACCUCCCCUCUGCCGGUGGUCCUGCACAAGGUCAGAGAGGCCGCAAACCAGCAGAUCUGAAUGUCCAAGCAGGAGGGGGGAACUCUCCCAGUGUUAACCCACUAAAGUCCCCUCCUUUGAGGCAAGUACAGUCCCCGAUGAUGGGCUCUCCUUCUGGAAAUCGUAAAUCCCCUCAAACACCGUCCCAGCUGGCCGGUAUGCUCACGCGUCCCACCGGCCCCAACGCCCCUCCAGCCCCUCCGACCUCUGCACCCAUGAAGUCUCCCCACUCCAUGAUGGGAUCGGCAGGCGCCUCUUCCCGUUCUAUGAGGUCCCCCUCGCUACCGAACCCGUCUCCGGGCUGGGCUUCCUCACCAAAGCCACCCAUGCAGAGUCCAGGAGUCCCCCCUCAGGGUGGCAAGCCUCCUCUCAGUAUCACCUCACCAAACAUGAUGGGGAGUAUGGAGCCAGGAGGGAACGGCCCCCCCUCAGCUCCUCCGUCAUCAGGAGCUCCAUCUGGCUCCAUGCCCUCUCAGGCAACGUCCGUCUGGCGUCCGUACACCAUACCCCCCGAACCAACACUAUCCCAGAAUCCCCUCUCCAUCAUGAUGUCACGCAUGUCCAAGUUCGCAAUGCCAGCUCCCUCACUUUACCACGACGCCAUCAAGACUGUUGCCAGCUCUGAUGAUGACUCGCCUCCAGCUCGCUCCCCGAACCUGCCUUCAGUGAACAAUACAGGUAUGGCAUUGAAUCACCAAGGCAAUCCGCGUAUGAUGGGACCUGGGAGCGCUGGACCCAUGCCCUCCCUCAGCCCUCUGGGUAUGAAUCCUAGGGAUUCCCAGCCUCUCUCCCAUGGCAUGCCCCACCAAAUGCCCUCUCCAAAUGCCCCUAACAUGGGCCCAGGCAUGAUGCCCCACGGCAUGAUGAUACCACCAAAUCCCCAAGACCCCGGUAUGGCGAACCCUCAAAUGAUGCCCAGGGACGGCAUGGGUUACCCCCAUCGAAGCCAGGGAUACCCCCUCACCCCAGUCUCCCUCCCAGCAAGAGGCCCUUCUCCUCCGCACAACGGCCCCGGUCCUCAGGGUUUCCCGGCAUCCGAUGGCUUCCAGGGAGAGGUUGGACCGAUGGGAGGACGAAUGGGGAACAUGCCUCAUGGCGGCGGGGGUGAUGGUGGUAUGUGCAAACCCAACACCCCCGGCGGGCCAGAAUUCAACAUGCAAGGUGGAUUUACCGACGCAGACCUUCAUGAGGUGAUGCGGCCGGGAGCCUCGGGCAUUCCCGAGUUCGUACCUGUCCAGAAUAAUCCGUCGGAGAAGCCUAUCAGACUCUUUCUUAGCUUCCCCAGAGGCGGAGGAGAACCCGGCGGGAAACCGCCACACCCCUCUGGCUUCCCCAUGCAGGGCAUGAUGGGUGACGGCCCACAAGGAUGGGGAUGCCCAUGCAAGGGAUGGGGGCGAUGUCGUGGGGGUCCCUGUGGGGUGAUGGGCCCUCAGGACAUGCCGAUGUGCAACCCGGGUCACAAUUCCAUGCGGCCCCCAGGAUUCAUGGGUCAAGGGCAUGAUGGUCCUCAGCACCGGAUGAUGUCCCCCGGGGGUCCUGGAGGGAUGAUGCAGGGGAGACAAAUGGCCCACCCCGGCCCCGGUGGUUCACCCAACAUGAUGAGGUCCCUGCAGGGCAUGGGUGGCCCCCCGCAGCAGACAAUGAUGAUGGGGGGUCAGAUGAGGCCGCGCGACAUGGACAUGGGCUUCAGUCCCGGCCCCGGAAUUGUUCUAGAUCCAGCAGAACCUUGUAUCUAGAAUGUUCGUGGACUAUAUUGUACGAAUGGAGUAAAGAUGGCGGGAUAUGGAGAGUAUUCAGGAGACUGACGGACUCGAGUAAAGGAGGUAUAAUAUGACAUUGAGGAUUUACCCAGAAAAUGAACAGAACGGAGCUAACCAGUCACCUGGUGAUGUCCUGUGGGAACUAUUCCAAAGGGAAUUCAGACAGGCCCAGAUCGGAGUACCUUUGCCACAAGAACAUUUAAUUUUGGACUCAUGAACUUCAGAAUGUAUGGGAUUGUUGUGCAUCAAUUUCGCAGAACUGUUGGUGUUUUUUUUUUUUUUUGUUUUGUUUUUUGUUUUUUUGACUAUAAAGAUGACUUCGACAUCAAAGAGGAAUCAACCUAACAAAAAGUCAGCGUGGAGAUGCUACAGUAUAUGUCUACUUUUUUCAAAUUAAAAAAAACAAAAAAACAAAUUUGUCACGAAGGUGGUAUGGAACAAGAGAAAGGAAGAAUUUGUGCUUUGUGAAGACUUUAGUGGAAAUCCAUCUUGUCUCUCGCUUCAUCGUUUUGACUGUUUCUGUACAGUAUAUACAUGAGAGUGUGUCUGCGUGCUUGACAGAUAGUAUGUUUGUGUGGUUGGUAUGUAUGUAUGUAUGUGUCUGUAUGUAUAGGCAUUCUAUCAGUGACCUCUCAACUCCUCUUACCCCACUUUCAUUGGGGGAGGAACGCCCCCUAAAAUACUGUACUGUUUACCAUUGGUGGGCUAUUCAAAUUUUAGUCUAUUUUAAUUUCCUUUGUAACUCCAGUGUAUAACAAACCAAACUAUGACCUCAUUAAGAUAAUAGUAUUAUUAAAAAAGCACAAACAUGGACCAUCUGCAGAAAGCGUCUUCUUUCUCUGUUUUUACCAUUGAGUGUGAGGAUCCUGGCAGCUUUGCAGCACCGCGGUGAUCUCCUGUCCAUUUCAAGUUGUGGAUGACAUUUGACUUUGUGCUCCAAAACUUUCAGGACUCAACUUUCGCCAGCGUGAAUAAUAUUGCUAAUACCCAGAUGUGCUAUGUGUGUUCUUCUUGUUCCUGUUGUGUUCCUGUUUUGUUUUGACUCUCUUGUUGACUCUGGGUAAUAAUCAUUCCCACAGCAAUAAUCUCCCCCCCUCCCCCUUCGAUGGUCAGCAGAAUGGGACAGGAGUGGCCCAAAGCCACAGCAGGUAUGCCAGGUAUUAUAGAAAUAGAGCUAGGUAGAUCUGGUGAGAAUUUAGUGUGGCAGGUGUGUCCAGCGCGAGACGCACGGAAAUGUAAACACGUACUGCUUACCAUCCAGUUGACUUCCUCUCUUUUCUCUAUUGUAUAAGCUUGUCAUGUGUUUCUCCAUUGGCUUUGGUGCAGAAUAGCCUACCAGGGCUGUGGUGAUGGACUACAAAUAAAAGAUAUUGUUUUGGUAUA